AUGCUGCAAGAGAAGAAUAAACCCUUCCGCAUUAUCACUCCGUAUGACGCUCAGCGAAAUCUGAUCGAGGAGCAUUUAAAGCUCAACAAGCUCGAUUGGGAGGACAAAUGUUUCAACGUUGACUCUUUCCAAGGUAACGAGGAAGAUUACAUUGUAAUCUCACUCGUGCGGUCCAGGGCGCUCGGCUUCAUCGCCGAUCUGCGCCGGACUAAUGUCAUGCUUACUCGAUGCAAGAAAGGCAUGAUCAUCUGCACGAGCCAGAAAUUCAUGAAACGGGCGGGGUAUAAUUCACUCGUGGGCAACCUGUUGGGAUAUUAUGAAAACGAGUGGAUCGAGGAAGACGAUUUGGCAAAGAUUGAGGUGUAG